AUGACUUGGAGCAUUGACGAAAAUAUGCCAACAUCGGAGAAUGGAUAUGCGAAACAAAAAAAAGAUACCGUCUCAUCACCUUCGUUUUCAUCCGGACGUGAUUCGAUUUUUGAUAUGACACGUCCGUAUAUGAAUCCUAAAGGACUCAGUUGGUUUGUUACCGGUCUAUUCGUGGUUGGUGAUUUGGCUGGAGGUGGACUUGUGGCUUUACCGACGGCAAUGAUCCAGUCAGAAUUCUAUCCUGGAUUGGCUAUUUCCGUGGUUAUGAUGUCUGUUGUCACCUAUACCGCAUAUGUGCUCGGUAAAAGUUGGAAUAUUUUGUUGAACACAUGGCCGGAAUACAGAGAACAUUGUCGGAAACCGUAUCCAGAAAUCGGUUACAGAGCUAUGGGCAGUAUUGUUAGAAAACUCGUCUCAUUAUGUAUUGAUAUCACACAAUUCGGGAUUGCUGUUGUUUAUUUACUUCUGUCGUCAAAGAACAUUCACGACAUGAUUAAGACCUUCUCUGACAACGACUUCAGCUACUGUUUUGUCGUAUUGAUAUUGGCCGUAUGCCUAUUGCCACUCACAUUCUUGAAAUCACCACAGGAUUUCUGGUGGGCAGUUGUGAUUGCAAUGAUCACAACCUCAUGCGCAGUUGUAUUGAUCAUUAUAGGAUCAUCGCUUGAUUAUGGUCUCUGCUCCUCUUACACAGGAAUGCCAAGCUAUCAACCGAAAAACUUCUUCCUUGCGUUGGGUACAUUAUUGUUUGCCUAUGGUGGUCAUUCAGCUUUUCCUACGAUCCAGCAUGAUAUGAAAAAUCCAGCUGAGUUCACGAAAUCGGUCGUACUGGCAUUCACAGUGAUGGGUGUUAUGUAUGGACCUGUAUGUAUUAUGGGUUAUUUAACUUAUCACGAUACGAUCAGAGAUUCCAUUAUUCCAUCCAUUCAGACGGUAUGGAUUCAACAAGCGAUCAACGUGUUAAUCACCAUCCAUUGCCUUCUCACAUUAACCAUUGUUUUCAAUCCUUUAAAUCAGGAAAUGGAGGAGCUCCUAAAUUGUCCUCAACACUUUGGCUGGCAACGUGUCCUAAUCCGAACUGGCAUUAUGGUGGCAGUAGUUUUUGUUGCGGAAAGUAUACCUAACUUUGGUCCAUUGCUCGAUCUUUUUGGCGGAUCAACGUUAACAUUGACCUCAGUCAUUUUACCCUGCCUCUUCUUCCUUUUUUUGAAUGCAAGACAAAUGAGAGAAAAUGAUACUGGAAAGAAGGAUGACAGCCCAGCUACCCUUAAAGAUGUUUUCAAAUACACCCCACGAUCAACGCUUAUUAUUUGUAUAGGAAUUAUUGUAUUCGGGUUCUUUGGUGGUGCUGCGGCAACGUUUUCAGCUAUAGUUGAAUUAACGACUACCAAUUUCCUACUACCCUGCUAUGUUAGCCCAUUCCUCAACAAGACCAUGGAUGAGGAUCUGGCACUUAAACAUCCAAGAGACGGUACAUCUAGCGUAUACUGUUGUGGAGAGUAUCAAAAUCUCACACAUAAUGGACUCAUCAGUCAAUGUGUUCCAAUGCCCGACAGCCCAUUUUAUGGAUAA